AACCUUAGCCAACCCAACCCAACCCCCUCAUGGAAGCGGGACUCCCUAUGGAACCGGCUUACAUCGGAGGCGCAGCUGCAAUGGCGCACGUCAAUCAACCCCUCUCUUGUUGCAGUUCCUAUUAUGCCAAAUCACCCUUUCUAUUCUUCUAGAAACCGCACCCUAGAGACUCGGAUCUGCACGGAUUGGCUGAAAUGCUCCGAUUAGUUCGCAUUUACCCCAGGUCAAAAUGGAUAGUCAAUCUAAUGGAGCCUAUUUCGUCAACUGCCUGCGAGCUAGCACAAUCUCCUCUUCACGCCCGGCCGUGGGCUGUUAAAAGGGUCAGUUCCCUCCCCACCUGUGUGGAUUCUCAAUGAUUUGCACGGGAUUUGUCCUGGUUUCCACAAUUAUUCUUGCUCUCAGCUUGUUUUGCCCGCCGAUUAUUCAUUUCAUCAACGCGACAGGCUACAUCCGUCGUCUGAUGUCAUGACUAGAACUACUGAACCCAUUAAAUAUGAGGCCCCUUCGUGGGAGCACAAGAGCGUUCAUGUUUCCGACGACCACAGGAGAAUCAUUCCUAAUGUCGGCGACGACGCGACACGCCCAAAGGGCCGCAUUCGACGUUCAAUGACCGCUUGUAAUACCUGCCGCAAGCUUAAAACUCGGUGUGAUCUUGAUCCACGAGGGCAUGCAUGCCGGCGGUGUCUAUCUUUAAGAAUUGACUGUCAGCUCCCUGAGACAAGUGAGCGCUUUCAAGACAGUACUCCAAUGUGGUCAGACGCAACGACAGCCAUCCCCUCCAUCGAGGAGCGUCUCACUUCCCUAGAGAGGAGUAUGAGAGAGAUGACCGGCAUGCUCCGGCAGAUUUUGAAUCAAUCACCAAGCGUCUCUAAUAUCUCUGUACCUCCGUUAGCUCGGAGUGUUCAUACGGAAGAAACGGCCUCCAUUGAAGGAAACUCAUUCGGCCCUUUCCUACCUAAGCCCGUUCGGCUAAUUCAGGACCUCCAAUCCGAGUUUUUUGGGGAGACAAGCCGCAUCCCUGUCGAAUCUCCUUUCUUAGGUAACAGUUUUGAGAAGGGUAUCUUAGAUUCUAAGUUAUCUCUCAAAUUGGUACAGCUAUUUGUGGAUAAUUUCGGCCCCUUAGUAUCCAUAAAUAAUCAGUCCGACUUCCAUAAUGAGAUGAGAAAUACCGAUUCAUUACUAUAUAGCACUGCCUGUCUGCUGGCCUCCCGAUAUGUGCCAGGCAUACCACCACCGAUUCUCCAUGCCAUGAACCUCCAAGUUCGACAUAAGGCAGUCAAUCUGCUGUGGGAGAAACCGCCUUUGAAGUAUGAAUCGCUCCAGGCACUCGCCCUUCUUUGUCUAUGGCCAGCGGCGGGUCAGAAGGAGUUCCCCAUAGAUGGCUGGUUAUUGAGCGGGACUGCAAUCAACCAUGCCCUCGUUUCCUUUGACUUCCUCAAUCAUGUGCCUUCAGAGCUUCUCAUUGACAACGACAUGGCCUCUCAGUUGCGGCUCUGGAAUGCUUUCUGCUUGACACAGUUACAUUUCGCUGUUGGCAACGCACGUCCAUUCCAUUUACCACAGAGAUAUCUCGAUUAUUGCCCCCGACUUCUUGAGCAUCCCGCUGCAACGGUUGAGGAUGGCAAGGUUGUAGCAGAGAUUCAGUUGUACUUAAUCACUUUGCGACUCCAAGCCAACGAACAACGCAUGCGAUUCGCGGAUGUUGAGUACGAAGAGAUCGAACGGUGGAAGGUGGAAUGGGCUCAUCUCCUUGCUGGUGAUGAAAAUUCAACAUUUGAGCUUAGUCUCUGGUUCUGCCAGAUCCUCCUGCAUCGGACAGCAAUGAGGUUCCAGGCGGAGUCCGAGAGACUCACAUCGGAAAUCCUCCAGGGGUCGCGCUUGAUCAUCUCGAGAUUUCUGCAACUCCGAUUCGUCACCGCGCUGAGAGUGGUCGAUCAGGCAUACUUCAUUGUCGGUUAUGCCGCUCUUAAUCUCUGCGACUUCAACUUCCUCGACCCCCUCAUCGACCAGAUUCAGAUGUUUCUGCUGCAUCUGUCGCCAAAUGAAGACCACAUCGCAUACCGGUUUUCAUGCAUGAUAGCGGAGUUCAAGCGUCGCUGUGCCGAAUGCAACGACCCUUGCAGCGCAGUCGACGGUUCUCAAUGUUCGUUCGGAGAUGCCCGGAAGAUGAGCAUGGAACAGGUACAAUUCGUGCCACCACUGGUAGAUAAUAUGAUUGAGGGAUAUGGCGCUCUGGAACAGCUGAUCCCUGAGGUCAUGCCACAGUCAUUUCCGGAAAAUGUCAUUAGUGGCAUGGCUGUGACUGAAGCCAUCCCUGUGGGAUCGGCGCCAUACUAACAACUUUUUGAUACCGUAAUAAUAGUAUAACGAAAAUGGUGUUGAUGACGGUUUGGGCCGGGUGGGUUUUACAUGGUCUGGCGCGUGUUUAAUAUUGGAUAUACGAUACUCUCUCCAGUACUCUAAUUCAAAUUACCCCUUUUUUUCUCUCAA